CUAGGGCAGGGGUGGGCAACUGUGGCCCUCCAGCUGUUGGUGAACUACAAGUCCCAUCAUGCCUCUGCCUUUGGGAGUCAUGCUUGUAACUGAGUUUUGCAAUGCCUCUUGGGACUUGUAGUUCUACAACAGCUGGAGGGCCACAAGUGCAGAAUGUGCUCAAAAACAUCCUGGUGUCAAACUGGCGGCCCUCCAGCUGUUGCGAAACUACAAGUCCCAUCAUUUCCUUGCCUUUGGGAGUCAUGCUUGUAACUGUCAAUCUUGCAAUGCCUCAUGGGACUUGUAGUUUGGUAACAGCUGGAGGGCUGCCAGUUUGACACCCGUGUGUUAGAGAAU